CUCGCACACCACCAUAUUUGUUUACUUGACAAGAAUGAGGGUUUGACGCUUAGAUUUGGAGUUUCAAUUUUAGUUUUUUUUUUGUUAAUUUUUCGUUGUUUUUAUCGUUGUUUUCCGGUUAAUUUCUCGAUUUUGACGGGACUGAAAGAUUUACAGUCAUGAAGAACAUCAAAACAAGUAAUGGAAAAGAGGCACUCGAGCGAUUUGGUGACCAAGGUGGCUUUUUCGAUCUCGUUCUGAAGCCAAUGUUCCAGCAGGGACACGAGGGUGAACUCCUGAGUUGGCUGAAAGAGACAUCCCUCAUCAGAUCCUCAAUCAGUUGUCCUCAGCCUGAGUGCCAGGGUCGAAGCAUGACCUGGGCUGGGGCGAGACUGAGGGACAGGUACAACUGGGUCUGUCCCACCUGCAGUAAGAAACAGACCAUCAGGGAGGGCUGUUUCUUCAACGGGGUCAAAACUGAUUUCAAAAGUGCACUUAUGCUCGUCCUCGCUUGGUGCCAGGAUGUGCCUUCCGAGAUCGCUGCUCAGCAAUUGGAGAUUAAAGAACAUAUCGCCAAGAAAGUUUACGAAAAAUGUGGAAAAAUAUGUGAAUAUUAUAUUGAUGCACACCCAGAGGAGUUUCAAGUUGGUGGCCCAGGGAUGGUUCUGAUCGUCGAUGAGUUUCCUGGAGGAUUCAUGAUGCCAGAGGGCAUGGACGUGAUGACAACGAAAAAGAGGAAUAAUAAUUCACAUACGAUACUCUGUAUUGCUGAAGCCAACUGCAUUCCUCCGAAAAUGUGGUUGCACAUGAUUCAGGCGAUGCCCGAGCCCCUACCAAAGACAGUAAAAGGAAAAAUGCCCAUUCAGAGGUGUGGAAUGGUGGAAGAAGCUAUAAGAAUUAUCACGAAACAAGUUCUACCAGGGAGUUUCCUGGUUGCCAAUCGUCGGGCUCGGUGCUGCAAUUACGAGUCUCUCCAGGAGCUCAAGCAAUAUGGAGUGUUCAGUGUGGAAUAUUUACAGACUUUCGAUAGUUUUGGUCAUCAAAAACUACUCGGCAAUCUAGGUACAAUUUGGCAAAAUGGUGUGGACAUCUGCGAAGAAAUCCAGGAGUCGACUCGUUCCCUGGCUCAAUCAAUAAUCUCAACUCACCUCUGGAAGCAGAGAUUCGGCUAUCCAUCGUCCUCCUCUCCAGCUUUCCAGUACAUGCUCAAUCACAUAACCGAGUGUUAUCGUUUCACAUAAGUUGAAUUUUUCUAAUCCGCGAAUUUUACCUCAUUAAGUUUAAAAAAAUGAGAGAAAGCUAUCAAAUUUUCAGUUUGAGAGAUUGAGGAAAAACGACCCAUCUUCAAUCUCCAAUAACUGGAGAACGGCACAGUGAAAUUUCUUGAAUUUUUCUUCAUUUUCGAGGUAUUUUUUCAAGCUUUAAAAUGAAUUUUGACUCGUCAAAAUCCCGUCCUUCGGUCAGGAGAUAUUGACGAUUGAAGAAGGAUCGUUUUACCUGAUAUUUUUCUGAAAAAUUGAUGAACGUUAGUUCCAGUUGCAGACGAAUUUCUGAGCAAUAGCCUCUCCCCGAGGCGCAUAUCUGUAUUCUCCAAUUAUAUUAUGUAUUAAGAAUGUCUUCCAAAUGAACUUCGGACGACACUGAGACUGACCCGCAAGUGCCUCUCGAUAUUAAAAACGAAAGUGACGAUGAAAACUUGAAAAAAAAUUGAUGAUAAUUCGAUGGCAAUUAAUCAUGAUAUUGUUGAAAUGUUUUUGAUAUUCUAUAAUCGAACUAGAGAAUAAUUAUGCAGCUUUAAUUGCACAAAUAUUAAUGGAAUCAAUUAUAUUUACAAUUAGUUCUUUUCCCUCAUUAAUUCGACAUUUAUUUCAAUUAUUCGCACAGAAGUUACGUUAAAUCGCACAAUUAUAGUAUUCCCUUUUGUUACAAAAAAAUCUAUAGAAUAUUCUACUGUCUUGUACUGCUUACAAACUGUAGAAAAUAUUUUUUAAAAUAAAUCUCGUUAUUAAAACGUGA